GGCCUCCCCGCCGCCAUGGCCGACGACAGCGGCGGGCCCGGCCGCCUCAGCCCCGGCGAGCGGGACCGCCAGUACUGCGAGCUGUGCGGGAAGAUGGAGAACCUCCUGCGCUGCGCCCGCUGCCGCAGCUCCUUCUACUGCAGCAAGGAGCACCAGCGCCAGGACUGGAAGAAACACAAGCUCUCUGCCACGGCGACGCCGGCGGGGAGGCCAAGAGGGAGCCCGGGGGGGCCGCGGCCCAACGGCCAGACCAAGCCGCUGCCGGCCGGGAGGCUGGCGCUGGAGUACAUCGUGCCCUGCCUCAACAAGCACGGCAUCUGCGUGGUCGACGACUUCCUGGGCCGGGAGACCGGGCAGCGCAUCGGCGACGAGGUCCGCGCCCUCCACGACACCGGCAGGUUCACCGACGGGCAGCUGGUCAGCCAGAAGAGCGACUCGUCCAAGGACAUCCGCGGGGACCAGAUCACCUGGAUCGAGGGCAAGGAGCCCGGCUGCCGCGCCAUCGGACGCCUCAUGAGCAGCAUGGACGACCUCAUCCGACACUGCAACGGCCGGCUGGGGAGCUACAAGAUCAACGGACGGACCAAAGCUAUGGUGGCUUGUUACCCAGGCAACGGGACAGGUUACGUGCGUCACGUUGAUAAUCCAAACGGAGAUGGACGAUGCGUCACGUGUAUAUAUUACCUUAAUAAAGAUUGGGACGCCAAGGUGAGUGGAGGCAUUCUUCGAAUUUUCCCAGAAGGCAAAGCCCAGUUUGCUGACAUUGAACCCAAGUUCGAUCGACUGCUGUUUUUCUGGUCAGAUCGUCGCAACCCUCACGAAGUGCAACCUGCAUUUGCUACAAGGUACGCAAUAACAGUGUGGUAUUUUGAUGCAGAUGAGCGAGCGCGAGCUAAAGUAAAAUAUCUAACAGGUGAGAAAGGUGUGAGGGUGGAACUGAAUAAACCUUCUGACUCCGUGGGGAAGGACGUUUUAUAAGGCCCCUGCUCCAGCCACACUCUCACGAUGCCCACCGUCUAAAUGUGGCAGACGCUCUGUUGACGCGUGACCGGCAGCGGGACCAAGGAAACUGGGCAGCCGUUGGGCAUCCUUCAGAGGAAGAAAGGAAGGAAGAGAGAGCGGUGUCUCGGUGCGGCGCCGGACCGGAACCCGUGGCCGUCCCGGCCCCCAAACGGAGCGUCUGGGAGGUAUCGGAGCGGGCGGCCACCGAGGUCACCCGGCCCGCCCGCGGGUCACGCGCCCCGGGCAGGAGCGGGCAGGAGUCCGGCUCACCCGUUCUUCCACAGUCGGCCGGCUGGACCCCCUGCUGUCUUUCCACAGCCCACCCUCUCCUCUCUCCCCUUUUUCUAGUCAGGUCUGAAUCGGGGGGGGGGGGGUGGGAGAAAAGGGUGAUUUUUUUUUUUUUUUAAAUAUGACCAGGUACCGUCUCUCUGAGCGAAUCGAGUAAAAACCACAGUAUUAUUCCCCCAAAUAGCAUCGAUCUAUUUUUGUAAAUCUGUUCGUACUGUUCUCCUCGGCCCUGAAAAGAUCUAGUCGAGCCGGCUAGUUGCCAGUAACCGAAGAUCACUUUUUUCAUUUCCUUCCAUCUUCAAGUCAGAGCAGGAGCACUUUAACUGCCAGCUGGAAUCAGGUUGUCUCGUGGUCAUAUCUUACACUAAUUUGAACUCUGAAACGAUUGCUGCUGUUGUGGUUUUUUGUUUUUUUUGAUCCUGUCCUUAAUGAAACUUUUAACCGGAAAGAAAGAUCCCUAGCGCUCUCAGUAACCGUCUCUUAGCUCGCAGUCUUUUCACGUUGGAGACGGGGGAGGGGAAGAGUUUCUACACGGUUUGUUUUGGGCCUCAAAGUGACCGACCCUGGGCGGGCGGGGUCGUGGGGGUUCUAGGAUGAGAAGCGGCCGUCAGCACCUCUGGGAUGCGCCCAGAAACUCCUUGGUGACCGAAGAGGAGAAGCCUCUUGGCGACACUCCCUCUUCGGAUCCCCCCGUUUCCCGCGGGCUCUGGGUCGAGUUGGUGGUGGUGAAGUCUCCCUCCCAUGGAGGCUGGGAUCUGGGGGUCGUGCCUACUGGGUUCCAAAUCCUUACCCCACAGUUUUUCCCAGUGGGAAAUGUGUCUCUGCGCUGCUGCGGCCCCCGGAGCCCACCGGUCCGGCACGGGGGGGGGCGGGGGAGGGAGAGCGCCGGCGUCACCGCACGGCUCUAGGGCGGCCCUGCGGGGGGGCCUCAGCCAGCCGUCCUCAAAAACGAACACGCCUUCUUCCGACAGAAGAGCUGGGGGGGGGGGGGGGCGGACGGUUGGAAUCGCGACCCGCUCAGCCAGCUAAGGAACGGAUGGGGAAAAAGGACGUCUUAGGCUCCCGGUGUCUUCGGGGAACUGAGGCCUCGUCCGGGCGGAGGCGGCGGCCGGCACAGGGCCGCCCCCCUCCGGCUCUCCCCUCUCCUCUCUGCCCACGCUCGGGUCCUUUGCCAAAACAAUGUGAGUGUACAGAAACCUUUCUGUAUAUAUUACAACUCAUGACAGUUUUAGCAUCUGUAUAGUUUGUAUUCAAUUAGAAACCUUUUCUAUGGAAAGCGCAGUAAUUUUUAUUAAAAGAUGGCUACUGUUCAUGUAAAAUACGAAACGCUAGUUUCUUUUUAGUGAAGCCGGUUGGGGUGAGGGGCCGGCCCCGAGGCGCGAGGUUGGAGAGGCAGAAGGAAAAGCCGGGUGGCUUUUACGUUGGGUUUUGCCGGUCCAGAUCUCCUCCUCUGUCCCUCCUCGGUCAGCCGCUCCGCGGGCCGCUCCAGCGGCCCCCCCCCCCCCCCCCCCGGUCCGUUGGACCCGUCGGCAGAGACGGCCGGCGAAGGCCUUCGGGCCGGGAACCCCCACGUAGCCCGCUGCGAGCCCCAGGCGGGCCCGGCCGGGGCCCGGCUUCACCCCGCUCUCACUCUUGACGCUAACCAGCUGUGGACCCGAGACCUUUAUCUGGAGCAGGCAGAGAAAUUCAGGAUCCAUUUACAGACUGCCUAUAAAGUGAUGUCAUUUGAAAAAGCGGUGUUUAUUAGGAAAGCGCUCUCAAGUUGCUUGUAAAGCUAAUCUAAUUAAAAGAUGUAUAAAGGU